AUGACGCUGCGAGAUUCAAAGGACGUGAAGAUAAGAAAUGCAGGAAUCCAGACUAGGACAGGAAGGAAAUGGUCUGCAAGCCAGUCUGUGGAGCAGGCCGAGGGCGCUCUCAAGCCACCGGGACAUCGUCGGAGCAACCUGCUUAGGCCGGCAAGGGUUGAGGACAACGCAUUUUCAGACGGAGAAAUCCGCAGAGAAGAAGAAGGGACCAGGAAAGCAAGGGCAGUGGAAAUGGGCUCUCAAGGAGCAUGGACGAAAUGGAAGCUGCCGGAGCGAAAGCUUACAUGGACAGACCUGUGGCGCUAUGAACCAUUCAGGAUCCAGUUCCUGUUGCGGUCAGUAUAUAACACUUUACCAUCGCCAGCGAACCUUCAUCUGUGGGGGCUAGUCGAAGAGCCAAAGUGUAAGCUAUGUCAAGAACGUGGGACCAUGGGCCAUAUCCUUUCGGCAUGCAAGACAGCGCUAACACAGGGACGAUACCGGUGGAGACAUGACCAGGUGCUUCGGGAAUUGGCAGAUGUUCUUGAGGUGGAAAGGAAGAAGAAGAGACCACCUCGUAAGCACAAACCAUCCUUCAUCCGGUUUGUAAAAGCAGGGGAGAAGGAGACGAAAGCAACAUCAGGCAACACUGGCAUACUUGAAGGGGCAGAGACAUGGGAGAUGAGAGUUGACCUGGGGAAGAAAUUGGUGUUUCCGGACGUGGUACAGACAACGAUACGUCCAGAUGUGGUGAUAUGGUCUGCCGAAUCCAGGCAGAUUAUAGUCAUCGAGCUGACUGUGCCCUUGGAGGAGCGGUGCGACCAGGUCAAUGAGAGAAAGAGAGCCAAGUAUACGGAGCUCAUGGAACAAUGUAGGGAGCGAGGGUGGCGUACUUGGCUGUUUCCUGUGGAGGUCGGAUGCAGAGGGUUCCCGGCACGCUCAGCCUGGAAGACAUUGCAGGCUGUGGGAUUAGUUGGAAAGACACGCAAGACGGCGGUGCGCAGGCUAGCAGAGGCUUCCGAGCGCGCAUCAUGCUGGUUGUGGAACAGACGGGAGGAGAAAGACUGGAAGCCAUCCAUUGACGGGCAGUGA